AUGUACACCUCCAAUACCAAUCCCGUCGAAGAACACCCGGAGAUUCAGCCCGGAAGUGGCCAUUCUCCCAUCGGCGAAGCUAUCCCUCACAUCACAGAGCACCCGCAGAUUGAAGUCGAUCGACCUUCCGGUCUGGCAAUCCCCGGGAACCCUGAGAGACCUUCCUCGGGGGACCAGCCAUUUGCACCUGCCAUGGAGGCUCUUGCGCGGCUCGAACGUGAAGACCGAAGCUUGCCAAAGCAUAUGGAGGGAAACAAGUUGGCCAAAGCGAAUGACGCCCUCAAGGAGACUCACCGAAAGCUGUUGGACGAGAAGAACAGAAUGCAGUCAUGCCACGAUGACCAAAUCGCGCGGUUGCGAUUUUUUGACCAGGCGUUGGAGUCAUCUCGACUUCGAUUGACUGAUAUACUCAAGGAAUGGAAUCGCUAUUCUGAUGGUCUUGAGUCAAAGCUCAGUGAAUAA